AUGGCUAGCUCACCGUCUGAGACCUCUCAUACACUACAUCCACAAGUCAGUGGAGCGAGUAGCGCUGAUGUCGACCCUUCGAUUCCUAUUCGAGGACCUGAGCACAUUUCAGAUGAGGAAGGGCCUUGGGCUCAAAAGUCGAUCUUAACAUUCGAUGGAGGCGGUGUUCGUGGCUACGCAAGUCUGCUGGUACUGAAACGUAUCAUGACUCGAAUACGUGAAAUAGAGCGUGAUCACGACAACUACCCAGCCCCCAGCAGUACCUUCUACCCCUGGAUGGGGGAACGUGGGCAGCCUGCUGCUGAAGAUAACCCAGAAUCAGAACGAGUCGAUGAGUAUCUUCCGUGUCACUACUUUGACUACGUCGCUAGGACUUCAACUGGUGGAUGGUUUCAUGAGCGCUCAUUCCUUUGGUAUCCACGAGAAAAGUUCUCAUGCCGCAAGACACGGGAAGCAUUCCAGAAGGUCGUCUACCAGACCCUUAAACGAGAAAGAGACUGUUUCCUUAGCGAGGCAGAGACUGAGCCACUGAAGUACAGAGAAGACCGAACCAGAACUAUCGCCAUCUCUUGGGCUAUUAACAAAGAAGGGGGCGUUAGUAAAGAGUUCGUCUGGAGAAGUUAUGAUAACGACUUUAGUCCCAAAGCGCAUGACUCUAAUCUCUGGAACCCAUCCAAUGCGGGACCCGCUCAUACUACAGCAAUAUGGGAGGUUGCUCGUGCAACAACAGCUGCACCAAGGUACUUCGAGUUCAUCAAAAUCAGAGGAAGGAAAUUUCUCGAUGGUGGUAUGGUAGCCAACAAUCCCUCCUUGAUCGCUAUCAGAGAAAUCCAUAACCUCCAUGGCUUGGUUCCGGCCCUUUUCGUCAGCAUUGGAACGGGUCUGAAGGUUUCUGCGGAUGCUCAAAAGAAUGGUGUCCCCAAAGAAGCCAAUGGCGAUAUAAAAACGCUUAGAAGGGCUGCAACUAGAGAUGAUGUUCGAUGCAAGCAGUUCUUGAAGAAGUAUAUCGAGAUAGGUCGACAUUGGAAGAACUGGAUGGUUGACUGUGAGGGAAUGAACGGCACGAAUGGGUGGUGAGCGCACUGCAAAGCGAUCGGAUUGACAGAGCAUUUAUACAGACUCAACAUGGAGGGCGACCUUCACACCAUUCCUCUCGAUGACCGGCGCCCUUCCAACACUGGAGAAGAUACUCUCAGUUUCAUUGAAGCGCAGGCAGAAGGAUAUCUCGAUGAGAGCAAAGUUAACGAUUAUAUCAGCUCUAUUGCGAGGAAAGCAGUAGAGACAAGACGCCAACGCGCUGCGACAGAACAGUGGGAGCGAUUUGCAGUGGAUGUUAUUUAUUGCUGUUCCGAUUGCGAUACGAAGAAAUAUGACACUCGGGCGAAGUUGCGAGAACAUUUGCAAAAAGGAACCGAGCAUAGAGGGGCCAGGAUAGCUGAUUGGAGGCAGCUUGAGGAGAAACUCAACGCCUCUAGAUCUUUAGGCCUGAUAAAUCAGUUGAAACAAGGGAG